AUGGACGAGGUGGAUGAAGACCAGACCAACGAAUCUUGGGCAAGCAAAUGUGGCCAUUUGAAGACUUCCGUUGAGACUGAUGAAGAUGGAGACAUGACAUUGAAGGCUUCCAAGAAACCCAAAGGAUGUGAUGAUGACUUCUUUUCUUUGUGGGGUACUGGAUCCAUCGUCAGCGGCACUCCUUCGAACUCGGAGCCAGCAACCCGAAAGAGAAACAAGCAUGAUCCGGUUCCAGAUGGUGCUGAGCCAAAGGCUGCCUCCAAGAAAGCAAAGGCCCAGAAGGGACAUGGACCAAUCGGCCUUGGAGUCCCAGCUCCUUCUUCCGAUGGGUCCUCUUCAGCAGGGGCGCCAAACCAGCUCUCAACUUCUUGGAUGUUUGGCACCAAGCUCACUGCCAAGUCUGGACGUUCCAAAAACUUUGAGCAUUCCAAAGACUUUGAUGCAACGGAGAAGGCAAUCAGCCAAGUUGAAGGGCUCAAGGCUCACAUUGGCAAUCCUGCUCAGUUCCUGUCCUUAUCCUACGCCAAGGCCCAAGCAGUCCUUGACAAGAUUGGUGCCAGAAACACCGAUCCCUUGCAAAAGAUUUACCGAGAAGCCAGCCAGACCCCAGAUGGUUCACACGGCUUAGAGUUGUUGAAGAGAACGGUGUCGGCACAUCGGCAAGCUCAGGCUAUCGUGGACUUUGUGGCAGCGCUCCAUGAUGCUGAAGCUUCUGCAGCUACUCUUGAAGAUGCAGUUGCAGAAGUCCGCAAUCAGGGAAUAUCCUUGCCAGACUGCGUCAAUCACUUGAGCUAUGCCCGGAAGUGCAAGGAGCUUGCAAAGAACGAAAAUUGGGCAGACUAUUUCGACUCCCUUUCAAAGGAGAAUCUAGGCAAGCUCUUUGGCUCUGAGGAUGCACCUGAGCUUCUUGACUUCCAAGCAUCCUCUAUCAAAACGGUCCUUUCAUCUUUGCUUAUGGCAGAGGUCAAAGUGGAUUGCAAGAUGGAUGGCACAGAGCUGUCUGAGGAAGAUAUCCAAAAGGCAAAGGAUGCUGAAAUCUUCAGACUUGCCAAGACUGUUCACCUUUGCCUACAAGGCUUUUGCUCCACUGUUCAUCCGCUGUGGAAAGAUCAGCAGGUUGUUGCUCAGUUGGGUGACGACAUUUGCCGUCUGAUCAAGUUGACUGACGCAGUGAUGAAGGACAAGGGAGCCAAGACUUGGGCUGCACAAGAGAUCGAGGAGUUGAAAGGUCUUCGGUCAGCCUUGCUUAGCAACAGAAAAGGGCCUUUGCAUGAGACGCUCACCCUUUUCCCAGUGGGCAUCUACAUCCAGAAGACCGUGGAUUCUCUUUGCAUCAGCUUUGCUCACGACCAAGGACUUCAGUCAGAGCUGACUCAUCUUGUCGAGCUGGUGGAGUCCCUCAACACUACUUUCACGGGAGAUGGUCUUGUGAAGGAAAAGGUUGUUGGGGAUGCCAAGGACUUGGACAUCCAGAUCCCUUCUCAAGCCAAACUGGUUGAGAUUGUCUCCAAGUUUGGUCUGAUCGUCGUCACGGGGUCGAAGCGUUUCCAAGAAGAACAGGAGGCAAACAUGACCAAGGUGAAUUGCAAACUUGAUGAGUUCGUGGCGGCUUUGGAACAGGCUAUGACCUUCAGGUUUGCCCACAAGUACGGUGAGAAGCUGAUUCCCAUCCUAGAAGAGCUGGUGAAAGUGGGUGGACCGAACAAGUCCGAUGCCGCCAAGAUUGCUUCCUUGCAGUCCAUUCUGGAUGCUCUCAAGUUGCCAGCCGCAUUCAACCCAUUGGCCAAGACCCAGCUAGCAAAAGUUCUUGGGGAAGCACGCUUGCCAUAUGUCGAGGGCAUCAUGGGUGACAAUGUUGCCUUCUACGCUACUUUGAAGUCUUCUUUGCCAUUGGUGGUUCAACUUCUGGAAAACCCUCGUGAGCUAGGGCCUUCCCAGUUGAUGAAUGAGCACUUAGUGGAACUUCUCCAGAUCCUUGCCAAGACCUCGGCUCUGGACAACGUUAUCAAGCUUUGCCCGAAGCUUCACAUCGUUCUCAAGAACCUGAAGAUGCGUCUCUUGACAAGUGCCAAGUUGGUGAUCGCCAAUCAUUGCUCCAGUUUCACUGGCUUUCUCACUGAGUUUGCCAGUGUUGGCAAACCUGAAGCAAUUUUGAAGGAAGACUUUGUGGGGAAAGUUUCGACAGAAGGCGAUGGUGAAGAUAGCACCAUGUGCCAUGCCGCCUUUGGAAAGAUCUUCAAGUUGUACUUUGCAGAUCAGCCAGCUCGUGACCAGACCAUGAAUGUUCACUCCGGUGAUGCAAGCUUUCCUUUGACGUGCGCGGCUGUUUGUGGAGGUGCAGGGAUUUUGCCAUUUGCCAAGGACAUCGUGAAGUUAGCUUUCCUGAUCGAGGAAAACAAUGCCAAGAAAUCGUCUAUGGCAUCAGUUCUCUCAAAGAAAAAUAGCGCUGCCUCUGAGCAGGACAUGGAGACUGUCAAGCUGCGCCAUUUGACCACUGCAAUCUCGAUGCAGGUGGCCAAGGCCUUCGAAUCUUUGAAGACUGCAUGCGCUUGCAUUGAAACAGUGGAUGGUGCCUCCGGAAAUGGAUCAAAAGUGCUUGCUGGUUUCAGGGAAGUCUUGAGUUCCCACCUUACCAAAUUGACCUUUCUUGUGAAUGCAGAGCUGUCAGAAUGUCAACAGCAUGUGGGUUCGCUGAUUCAAGCAGUUCUGGUCGAGCACAAGUUGGGGGAAUCUUUGAGCAGACGGAGAUUGACCAGGGGAUGA